GUGGUAAAGUAUAAAAAUCACCUCAGCCGGAGCUUAAAACCAACCAAAACCAGCAACCCGCAGAGAGAAAGACGGUCAAGGAGGGGAGCAGAUCAAACAACCCUGUGAGAAACCAACGACCCUUACUUCCAACCAACAUCCUUUCAAAGUAAGUCUUCUCUCCUUUAUAUUAAGUUUAAAAGCCUUACGAGUGUGUUUUUAUAUUAUUUGUCAAAAUCUCCAAUUCACACCAAGUUCGUGUGGCUACUGUGUAAAGUGUCCAUCGGUAUGAACCAAGUCUAUUCUGACACUUCGACUCGUUCACAGCGGGACUUAAGAUCAGACCCUCAACCUGUUGAUUGAGAAACGACCAGCUCCAUCACUGAACAACCUUGAAUUUUGCGCACAUUCAUGCAGUACAAUGUUUUUGAUGGUUCACGCAGAAACAGGUUAUACUCUCAAGUCCUAAAUGUAAGAUUACUUGACUAGGAUACUUUUUUCCUUUGUUUGUGUUUCUCUUUUCUUUUUUGGGGCAAACAAUGCUGAGCGAUUUUUUUUUCUUAAACUUUUGUACGUAAAAGAAAAUAACCCAAGAAUUUAACAGCUGAUUGUUUGACACUCUCCUGCACAUUUUGCAACUACAAACGUAAUAGGGAUUUAAUGAAACGCCAGGAAAGACCCCAAAAACUAGACCAUAAAGACUAAGAAACUUACUAAACAUAUAAACUACUACCUGUACUGACCAGCAUCACUUACAAAUGCUUUUCUGGCUUUAAUCCUCGGGUCAUGAAAGUUGUUUUCAGUUAGGCUGCUAGCCCGUAAUGUUUUUGUUUUAUUAGUAAAUUCUCAGUACACAACCAAAGGACGCUGCAGGGAUUGUUUUCAGCACCAUGGACAGCAGCUCGGAGAUUUUCACUAUAACCAGAACCACAGCUUUUGUUUGAUUUUGACUUUAAGGCGUGAUUGAGUGCAACAGCUGUCUCACUGAGAUGAUUUCAAGUGAACAAACAAGGAGGCGUUCAUUUUUUACAUCAAAAUAAUAAAAUUCAUUAUGUGGUACUUCCCUGAAACCACAGAGAAUGCCUUUAUUUAAAUUUAAAAUUUUUUUUUUAAAUCGAAUUAAUCACAAAAACGGCCAAAUAAUUUAGCAGACCUGUCAUUAUUGGUGAAUAAAUCUUCAAUAAAGCAGAAAUUAUUAUUAUUAUCCAAAGAUUCACAAACGGAAGCUUAAAACUCGUUAUCUACCCCUUUAUUGUUUCAUUGCUCAACUCAGAUGUGCAGCAAGUGUUUAAAGAUAACACAAUUUGGGCAUUGAAGCAAUAUUUGCUUGAGAAAAUAUAUAAAUUUAGAUAUACUGGUAAAUAUAUUUUUGCGUACAUAUGAUGCAAUAAAUAAUAAGGUGCACCUGGCUAUUGACAGAGUGGAAUAGGUGAUCCCAUUCAUUAUGGGCAUUAUGCAAAGACAUGAUGCGGGAAAAAAAAGGGAUGGUUUUCUUUUUGCAGAGCUGAUGAAAUAUUGUUGAUAAAAGGUACAUAACACAAAAAUUUUUAGAUGCAAGUUAAUAUAAAAUAUUUAUUUGGACAAUCUUUCUUUUCAUCUUCAAAUCUUCAUUCAUUUCAUAUUUUUCAACAUCACGAUUCCAACAGAGUACAUUUAACAGGUCACGGAGUACUAAUAGCUCUUAAUUUCCUGCUGCUUUCACAGAUGGCCAUGAUGCUGAAACCAUGGACAGUGCUGGUAGCUGUGGUGCUGUGUGUCUUGGUGUGUCUGGGAACAAUGGCCGAUGCCUAUCCCCCAAAACCGGAGAACCCUGGUGAGGAUGCCCCACCUGAAGAACUGGCCAAGUACUACACAGCCCUGAGACACUACAUCAAUCUGAUCACCAGGCAGAGGUAUGUGCACACAUGUUCAGGAAAAUCCACUGGAAUUGACAGGGAUGUUAUGUUAGACUAUGUAUUGAAGCUGAAAGUGUUAAAUUAACAUGUUAAUUCUUAUUAUGAUCUCCUUGGUAGCUUUGUAGAGAUGGGAACUCUAGGCGUUUUAUACCCUGUCACGGACUGAGGGAAUGUUGCUGACCAAACACUAUUAAUAGUGUACAUGGUGCUGCUCACACAAUUAUUGAUUCAUUUAGUUUAAGUCCAUUCAUCAUAGAGCCUGCCAGCCAUCUGUCAGGGCAUAAAUGAGCUCAUUCCCUUACUAUAUUUCAGUUGACAAGGACAUCAAAACGUAACAACAGCUGACCUGAUUGAGUCUGUUGUGCAUCUUUAUUUAAUCCUUUUGCGUUAUUUAAGUCAACAUAGUACUUAAGAUCCAUAAGAUUCCUGUUUGCUCUCGAGCCUGGAGCUCUAUGUCUGAUGCUCUUCCCUGCUCUUCUACUCCAAUAACCCUUUGCCAGCACACGACAGCUUCCCAGAUUAGAUUAUGAGCCUCUCUCCAAAACCUCCAGGCCUUCACAUCAACAGGAUCAGAGCAAUAAAAUGGGCACAGAUGGAACCAAGAAUCCCAAAUCCAGUUAGCAGGGCCUGAGCCUUUGCCGGUUACUGUCAGGUAUAGAAAUCACCGGGCAGUUUUUUGUUGUUUUUAUUUAAAGCAGCUGGGCUCAUGAGCAAUCUGUUUUUAUUCAUGAAAGCCAAAUAGGUCAUUGAUAUUUAGAUACUUGGUCUAAGGAAAAUACUCAUUCAUAAAAAGUCAAUUUGUUUUCAUUUAAAACUUAUUUCUUUCACUGGAGAGUAAAUGAUGAAUACAUAAUUGAUAUAGUGGGUUAUUGAGGUUAUAUAAAAGUUUUGCUUUACAAGAUAAAGGCUUAUAAAAAGGGAAGGCCAUCAGCUCCGGAUAAAAUUGAUAAAUGUGUCAAUGCUGCAGGAAUUUGAUAGCAAUACACAAAUAAAUACUUUUCCAACUUACUUAUUGUUCCAAUUUCAGUUUUUUCAAAGUUUAUAAAAUAGGCUCUAUAUGACACAUAGACCAUUGAUGGUUUUUAUCUUGUAAUUUUUGAUGUCUGUAACCAGUGUGAGGUGGUAUGGCACAGCCAGGCAGCUGUAGAAAGAGUCCUGUUUUUCCAGUUUCUAACAUUAACAAUAAUAAUACAUUUUACUGUCAAAAGUCAGCAGGAUGAGUUUUGAACGAAGAUGCUACUCAAGUAUGUGGAGGACAAGAUUAACAAGAUCUGUUUGGACAAAGUAGAAAUGAAACAGAAGUUCCUGAGUGUGUUUUGUUGGAAUAAAAAAAAAGAGUUAGGAAGUCAAUCAUUCAGAUCAUACCAGAAGUUAAAAGGUCUUAAAAGCUCUAUGUUCAAAGAUGACAUGAGCUAAAAUGAAUACUCACUGACAAACUUUUUUUUUAAAUCAUUUUUUUCUAGAGUUUAUACUUUCAUAAACAACCUUUUCAUUUGACUUCAAGACCUGAGGUUGAUCUUAUUUUGGUUGUUAACUAAAUUUAUCAUUGUUUUGAAGGGAAAAUGUUCCUCACCAUUUGAAUGACGAACUAGUAAAUUUAUUUAACCAAACAAAUGUAGAAACUAUUCAUUUUUCCAAAUACUUGAAUCAAAAUGAACUAUUUCAUUUGGCCUGUUGUACUUUGACACAUUUGGUUAUUGGACCUUUACAUAUAUGAAGUUUUCAAGGAACCUUAACUUAAAUAUUUUGCCUAAAAGAUGGAUUUCGUGGGAUUUCAAAACAUCUGUUUUGGUAUAACGAAGAUUAGGCAAAAGAGAGGAAAGCCAGCGAGACUCAUAUGAAGAGCAGAAUGAACUAAAGAGUCUAGUGAGCUAUUAUAACAGGGGAGACGUUCCACAUCCUCAUGUCUCACACUGAGUGAGAGCAGAAGCAGAGCGUCUAAGUUGCUUGUCUGCUUUCCUACAGGGCAAGAAAACAAAACACCCACACACACACACAUGCAUGUUCCUAUAAGUGUGUAACGAGGCAUAAGAUUGGCUGCCGAGGAGGUGAACAGGUGGUUGAUGGGAAAACAAAGAUACAGAAGGUCGCGCCACAGGGUUUGUGCAAAAUGUUGCCGUCGGUGUAAUACCCACACAUAACCAGACACCCAUUACCAAGUAAACGCUCUGUUAAACGCUUCUGCGGUUUCAUAUUGCAGCUCUCAUGGCGACCAUGAAUGCCUUAUGAAAAGGAUACGACUUAUCAUGACUCGGAUAUGACACUCUCUCAGACAUGACAGGAUUGAUACACGCACAUACAUUCCACUAUGUAGAGUCUGAAUCUGACUGUGAGAUAAAAGCAUUAUGGAUAAAGGGAGGUGGGGUGACCCAUUUUGUGUGUUGACAAGCAUAAAGACAGAGGUCAAAGACAAAGACGUGAAAAAGGUUUCGUGGCUCAGAAUACACAUAUGACGUAAUCUUUAUCUCACAGCCUCAAUUUCUCAUCUGAAAACAACAGCAGUCGGUUUUGAGAGAAACAUAGUUACGUUUUUUUGUGACUAGUCCAUCUGUUUCACCCUCAAGACUCAUUUUUUUUAAGAGGAACUCGACAGUUUUUUACGGGCAGCCUGUAAAAAGUUAAUGAAAUAAAAACUGAAGGCAUGGAUAGAGACAGAUGAUAGCCAUUUAUGCAAAUUUUAAAACCAAAAAUAUAACCACGUUGCACGGAGGGCUUGCAAAUUGGUUAAUCUAAUAAGUUCAGACUAAUACUCAUGAGUUCUCCUCUGCUUUCUCUUUCAGGUAUGGAAAGCGUUCAGCUCAGGAGGACGUGGUCGCAGAACUGUUAUUUGGUGGCGAUAGCAACAGAGGCCAGAGAUCACGGUAAAAACCUUCACACGACCAGUCAUGUGAUCCCCGGUGAAGACAUAAGAGUGUAACAUGACCUUUCUUGUGUUCUUCUACAGAUACGAUGAUUCCUACAUGUGGUGACUCCACCAUCCUUCACUCUUCUCAUCGGGCCUUUCUUCGGGGUGACUCCCACUGUGCACCUUGAGGGGCCAAAAUGUGCCUCACACCUUUAGCCCUUGAGCUCCGAUCCCUACCAGUAACCUUUACUGACUAGAAAUCAAGUCCUCUGUCUCUUUUGUCACUAUCUCACAUAUCUUUCAUUAAAACAUGACUGCAUAUAGUUUAUUAUUCAAGUAAAUUUAUAAAUAUACAUAUAUAAAUCCAGAGCUCCUAAUCAGAGGGAGUAACUGUCUUGGUUGUGUGACUACUAGUGUCCCAUCAUGGUCUGAUGCCGUUCAAAAGAAGAAAUUCUUGUUUUACUGUUGCUGCUGUAAAAAGCAACAUCAUAGGAAAUCAAUAAAACUUUUCUGUGUGAUUAAGAUUGUUUGGUGACUGUCUCUCUUUGGGGUUGUAGUUAUACUGCGUAGUCUGUGUUUCUCUUGGC